GAACUCUUGGAUUCCCAUGAUGCACCGCUUAGGAAGUUGCAAUGUGAAAUCAGCAGAGUUGACCAUCUUGUGUUUUAUAGGAGAUCUUUGGUAACAGCAACCAGCUCGAAGUGUAUAUUAUAGUUUAAAAUAAAAUGUUGCAGUUUUUGGUGGGGUUUACUUUGGGAAAUGUAGUUGGGAUGUACCUGGCACAGAACUAUGAGGUCCCAAACAUUUCUAAGAAGAUUGAAGAGUUCAAGAGAGACGUGGAGGCUAAGAAGAAGCCCCCGGGUUCCUGAAACGGAGAGGAUACUUCAGUCAAGAUCUGAGAGGGAUUGAGGGGAUUGAGGGGA